GUUAUGAACAUCAAAAUAAUUCGUUGUAAAAAAACAAAAUGUGUUCCAAUUCAGUGCUGACUUUCUUUAGCCAAUGGCGAUUGUGGAUUAGGCCAUUUUUCAUCGCGCUUUAUGUUAUACUAAUAGUGGUUUUAGUGCCUGUUAUUGUGACACGUUCGCUAAACAAUGGGUUCUCGCAGCAUGAACAAGCCAGUCUCAUUGGUGGUGGGUUUGUACUUCUCGCCAUACCGAUCUCUAUUUGGCAAAUAACGCAACAUAUAGUGCACUACAAUAAGCCAUCUCUUCAGAAACAUAUUAUUAGAAUAUUGUGGAUGGUGCCAAUUUACGCUUUGAAUGCCUGGAUAGGACUAGAGUUUCCAGAACAAUCUAUCUAUGUAGAUUCCUUAAGAGAAUGCUAUGAGGCGUACGUGAUUUACAACUUCAUGAAGUAUUUACUAAACUACCUCAAUGAUGGGCAGGAUCUUGAAGAGGUGUUGGAGACGAAGCCCCAAGUCUACCAUAUAUUUCCUUUAUGCUGCUUGACUCCUUGGGAAAUGGGCAGAGAAUUUGUACACAACUGUAAACACGGAAUUCUUCAAUACACCCUUGUACGACCCAUAACAACAGUCAUAUCAAUGAUUUGCGAGCUAGCAGGCAUAUAUGGGGAGAGUGAAUUUAAACCUAAUACAGCAUUCCCAUAUAUGAUAGCCAUAAAUAACUUGUCACAGUUUGUGGCUAUGUAUUGCUUAGUACUCUUCUACAGAGCGAAUAGAGCAGAAUUAAAACCAAUGCGACCAAUUGGAAAAUUCCUUUGCAUAAAGGCUGUUGUGUUCUUUUCAUUUUUCCAAGGCGUGAUAAUCAAUUUAUUAGUAUACUUCGGAGUGAUAUCCACCAUAUUUGGCAUAAAUGAGACUGAUAAAUUGAAGAUUAUUUCUUCAAAGCUACAGGACUUUCUCAUCUGCAUCGAAAUGUUCUUGGCAGCGAUCGCGCACCACUAUAGCUUCUCGUAUAAGCCGUUCGUGUCGCCGUCGGACGCGCCAUCCUGCCUUGGAUCAUUCCUUGCCAUGUGGGAUGUGUCAGAUGUCAAGCGAGAUAUUACUGAGCACCUUGGAGUUGUUGGAAGCUCAUUCAGCCGUAAACUUAGAGGCAAAUCAAUGUACCACAUGGCUCGAGGCUCCGACGAAAAUACGAGAUUGGUCAACGAGCCAGCUACUUCCAGUUCAGCACCAAGCCUGAGCGUUGAACCGCCUCCGACCAUCGAGAUACGACCAACGACUUAUGGUUCCGUUGAUAGCACCGUGUCAGUUGGAUCUACGAAUUCGGAAACAGAACCAUUAAUUAUCAACUCGGCAGAUCCUAAUGUAUAACCAUGUGAUAAUAUUGAUUAUAUAGGUAAUAGAGCUAUCGCUUCGCAUAAUAAUUAUAAGUAUUCAGAUCAUGUAGGCAUAUUAUGAAUACUUUAUUUUACGAUAAUACAGUAGUGUUACGAACUGUAUGGAAAGUGAUUAUGAUAAGAAUUAGCACACUUAUCAGAGUUUACUAUAUAAAUAUUGUGUAGGUGUACAUUUCCAUUACCUAUAGUGUAGAAGCUCUUUUCUCAAAGGUUCGUGGAAUUACAUUUAUUUGCCAAAUUUUAUUGAAAUCGGUUACCGGAAAGUGCGCAAAACAGGAAUAUUUUCUUCGAAUUUGAAUGGGACCAAUACUGUGGUACCCUCUUUGCAACAAAAAA